AUGACAGUUCGUGUACUUGUUGUGGUGAAACAGUUGGCCCACCGCAAGCCACUACACAAGACUGCAUCCGACCACGGGAGUUGGGAGAGCCAUUCGACCCAAGAAGUUGUCUCCAAGUUCAUCGGACCUUAUCAAAUCUUGAGGAAGAUCGGGCCAGUUGCGUACGAGUUGUCUUUGUCGCCUCAGUUAUCAAACUUGCAUCCAGUCUUCCACGUUUCUCAACUUCGGAAGUACGUAUCCGACCCUUCUCACAUAUUGGAGUUAGAAGAUAUUCGUCUUCGUCAAGACCGUACACUGGAGAUGCAGCCGGUACGCAUUGAAGAUAGCAACACCAAAUACUACAAGAGGAAAGCAGUCAGAUUGGUGAAAGUCGUCUGGGACGAUAAGACGGGCGACUCUACUUGGGAAGUGGAAGAUGCCAUGAAGGAUUUGUAUCCCCAUCUAUUCGAGACUUCGUCCUAA